AUGUCACGCUUAACUCUAUCAUUUUACAUGAUCAUUUUUGCUACCAUUAUUCUGUUUCAUUGUAUUCAGCUCGCAACAACUCAGAACAAUGAAACAGAGAGGUUGGCAUUGCUCGAAAUCAAAGCCAAAAUAACAGAUGAUCCAUUGGGUGUAAUGAGGCAAAAUGAGUUAGAAGGAGAUCUUCCUGCAGGUUUAGGUAAUACACUUCCGCGUCUUCAGUAUUUGUCUUUAGGCUCCAAUCGAUUCACUGGUCUUAUUCCUGCUUCAAUUUCCAAUUCUUCAAGUCUCAAUGUUCUUCAGUUGAGUCAAAACCAUCUUCGAGGUCAUGUUCCUUCUCUGCACAAGUUGCAAAGGCUUUCGCGCCUAGUCCUUUCUGAUAACUCCCUUGGGUAUGGCCAAGACCAAGAUUUGAACUUUGUUUCUUCUUUAGCCAAUCAUACCCUUUUACAAUGGCUUCAAAUAGGCCAAAAUAACUUCAAAGGAGUUUUUCCUGAAAUCAUAUGCAAUUUCUCAUCCCUUACUAUAUUGGCAUUACACAAGAACAAUAUAGCAGGAGAAAUUCCAGUGUGCAUUGGAAACUUAGCCAAACUGCAACAAUUUGUGGUUAAUGACAACAGACUUUCCGGGGUCAUUCCCUCGAGUAUAGGGGAACACCAAAAUCUAAACUUCCUUUACAUGAAUGGUAACAGUUUAUCCGGGGUCAUUCCAUCUUCGAUUGGAAACUUAAGCAGGUUGUCUAUAUUUUCCUUGUCUCAUAACAACCUUAUAGGGAGAAUACCGUCUGAUCUUGGAAACUGUAAAUCUCUAACAGCAUUAUAUUUUGCUAAUAACAGUCUUAGUGGUGAUAUACCCUUGCAACUUUUUGAUCUCCCGGCCUUGUCUACCAUGAUCGAUUUUUCUGAAAACCACCUAACCGGAUCCCUCCCGGAAGAAGUUGGGAAGUUGAAUAAUCUUCAAAGUAUUUUACUGAAUGGUAACAUGUUAUCAGGUCAGAUUCCAAGCUCUAUUAGUAGGUGCGUUGUUCUAGAGUACCUAUACUUGGGGAAAAACUUCGAAGGCUCUAUUCCUGAUGCACUGAGAUCAUUAAAGGGUCUUGUUGAGAUUGAUCUGUCAUAUAACAAAUUAACAGGGCAGAUACCACCAUUUCUAGCAGACUUACAGUUAAGAUUGCUAAAUCUCUCAAACAAUAGCCUUGAAGGUGAGGUACCUAUUCGCGGAGACUUUGAUAAUGCAACAAAUGUUUUACUAAGUGGAAAUGAUAGGCUCUGCGGAGGCAUAGUCGAGUUACAUUUGCCUCGAUGCAGUAGUAGUCCGGACAAGCAGGAAAGCAAACAGGGGCACACGAAGAAAUUGAUAGUCACAAUUCUUCCUUCUUUUUUCGGAGUUAUUCUGGUAUUGGCUUUAGUACUUGUUUUGUUGAAAAAAUCAAGGAAGAGAAAAAAGACUAGUGAACCUGUGUUUCCCGAUACAUCAGGAAAAUCUGAUUGGCAGCGGAACAUUUGGGGUUGUGCACAAGGGAAUCCUCGAGGAGGAUGGAUCAGUGUUGCAAUUAAGACAUUUAACCUCGAACAUCAUGGCAGUUUAAAAAGUUUUAUUGCUGAAUGUGAGGUCCUUAGAAGCAUCAGACACCGAAAUCUUCUGAAGGUAAUAACAGCUUGCUCAAGUGUUGAUAAUCAAGGAAGGGAUUUCAAGGCAUUGGUAUGUGAGUACAUGGUGAAUGGAACUUUGGAAGAUUGGUUGCAUCCAUCACAUGAAACUAGUAAUGUCAAUUGUCAAAAACUUGAUAUUGCAGUUGAUGUUGCAUUUUCCUUGGAUUAUCUUCACCAUCAAUGUGGUGCCCCAAUAGUUCACUGUGAUUUGAAACCGAGCAAUAUUCUCAUUGAUGAUGAAUUGGUCGCUCAUGUCGGUGACUUUGGGCUAGCCAAGAUCCUCCUUAAAGGCAUCAAUAGCAGUCAUGCGAACCAGUAUAGCUCUGUUGGAGUUAGAGGAACUAUUGGGUUACACUCCUCCAGGCAUGAUCUGAAUGCAGAAUAUGGUCUCGGAAAUGAGGUGUCUACCAUUGGUGAUGUCUAUAGCUUUGGGAUCCUUUUACUCGAAAUGUUUACAGGAAUGAGGCCUACUAAUGACAUGUUCAAAGGCGGCUUGAGCCUGCAUACCUUUGUGAAAAAUGCUAUACCCGAAGAGAUUGACACGAUUGUAGAUCAUACUCUAAUAGAAUACACAGAAAAAGAGGAAAAGACCAACAAGAGUGUGAUGUUGGAGGCCUUAACUUCUGUACUUGUUGUAGCACUUUCUUGCUCAGCUGAAGUGCCACAAGAAAAGUUGGACAUGAGUGAUAUAGAAGAUAUCAUGCUGUGUGAAGGUUGUAUAACUUUAUCGGGGUUGUCUGACUUUGUUCCUGGUCGUGUUGUAUCGGCGCCGGCUCAGCGGAAGCGGGACAAGUAUGGGGCGUGUUGUAGGGCUAUUGGUUAUGGUUUUCUUCCUUUCUCCUUUUCUUUGUUGGGAGAAUUAGAUAAGGAUGCUAUUGCGUUGCUGAGGCGGGUUCAGGCGUUCGCUAAGACUCAUGAUAUUGAUGCUUGUGCAGCUGCUCACAUCUUCAGCAGGAUCGGGUUCGCAAUAACUAGAGGGGUGGGGGCCCAGAUUGCGUGGUAUUUGGAUGAUGGCACAAUUAUUGGAGACACUUUGGUGGUAGAGAAGGUUCUACAGUUGAUUAUGGAGGAAGGACCUCCUUUUGGAUUGCAUCUCAAUGUGGAAAAAAUUGAAGUUUUCUGGCAUACAGAAGACCCUCGUAGCAGGCUUGUGGGUGUUUUUCCCCCUUUUAUUGCUCGACCAUUGCAUGGUGUUAAGCUGCUUGGUGGUCCUGUUAGUUCUGAUUCAAGGCUUAGUGGCAAGCUUGUGAUGUAG